UGAGGGAAGCCGUUCUGUGCCUGCUGUUCCCGCACUAAAUUUCCCGGCGACCUUAUCAUGGCCGAACAUUGCUUUCAAAACUUCGUUACGACCCAUCGUUGAUCCUGAUUCUCCCUAAUUUCGUGCUCGUUCCUCUGCGCAAAGUGGCCACUAAUCUUCCAAGAGUCAAGUCAGAUAGCCACUACUAUACCCAGUGCACAAAAUGGCUGCUGUCUCCCCCGCAGAGAUAGCCAUAUAUCAUUCAUGGAUCGAUGCUUAUUUAGUUUCUGCUUUCGUCGAACUUUUCAUGGAUGGCCUUUAUACUGCUCUGAUCAUUGUAACUGUCCUUGUCAUUGCGAGCAUUAAGCAGAAGCGUUCCCUUUCCGACUAUGUUAUCUACGCGUCACUCUUCCUACUCUAUGCAAUGUGUAUGGUUCAUCUCGGAAGUUGGGCUGCCCAUAUCCACGACGGUUUCAUCAACCAUACAGGCGACACGUCGACUGUCUUUGCAUUUUUCUCAUUAGCGAGUCACCAGGCAAUAGUGAGGGAUGUCAUGGCUGUCGCGAUGACUUUGGUUGCGGAUUUAAUUCUGGUGUGGAGGGUAUUUGCGGUAUGGGGAUCCUCCUGGAAGAUCGCAUCAGUUCCUUUAAUUUUAACUCUUUUCGCACUGGCAUUUGGUAUUCAAUACAUCGACCUUGCAACCAAGCCAUCGAAUCUGGUCUCUCUCAAAUGGAUUACCGACGUUGCAGGUAUCUAUUAUGGCUCAACCCUAGGCAACACGGUCAUUUCGACGCUCCUCAUCCUGCUCCGCGUGCAUUCAUUGAGUGGUACAAAAGGAAUCAAUCGCUAUUGGCGCUUUCUAUCAUUGGUUGUAGAAUCAGCGGCACUAUAUUCCGUGAUUCUAAUCAUCUAUAUGCCCUACGUUACUGGUACCGAUUUUGCCACGCAUGCGCCCACUGAGAUAGUGCAGAGUGUUGUUAUUCCUAUCACGGGUAUUGCUCCAACACUUCUCGUUGUCCGUGUCAUCGUCAACAGAGAACUGGGAUUCAGCCAGCCUGAGAGGAAUACCCGCAGCUUUUUUACGGAUAUUGUCUUUUCUUCUAGGCUUGCACAAGAAACGAGUGCUGACGAAGAUGUUGUGGAGUCGGCAGUGUCGAGCUCAAAUGCUACGAAACGAGCAGAUGGUAGCAGGGAUUUGACAACUGUCAAAGAGACAUCUAUAGUAUGAAUGAUGGGAACUGUAGCAUUAAUUGGGUUUGAUUAUUCCAGGUUCACACUGUUCACUGGCAAUAUGUAAGAUACACGACCGAAAGGGUUUUUGCAUUGCGGGACCUCAUGGGAAUAUUAUCAUUAUCCUAUGUCACACCACAUACCUCGGUAUGCUGCCGUGCAUAUACAGCCGAACCUUCGGACUCAUUCCUAAUAAAUCUCAAAAUCAUUAUCAUCGACAACAGUUAUUGUAUUUUUUCC